UUUGUUUUCAAAGAAACUUAAUUAAUAUGAUAACAUCUGUUUUAAAGCAUUAUAAUUAAAUAAAUGGUGACAGCAUUAUGGACAUUCCAAAAGUAUCGCAAAGUAAAUCCUACGAUGUGGACGACUUCCCCAUAUCAGCCUAUUCAAGGUCACUGAAUGGACCGAAUUCUGGCAUGAGUACCUCGUUUAAUAGGUACAGUAUGUCACCUCGUAGCACAUCAGUGAUGUUUCAAUACUACAGCACUCCAAAGGGUUAUUACAAAUCUCCACGGCCAAGAUCAGGAAUUGCAAGUUUUGACCGCUCCAACGUAGCGAACACACCUCACAUGCAAAAGUACGAUAGGAGUCUUGUAAGGACCAUCAGUGACAGUUGCGGAGAUGAACAAGAUAAACAACAAGUGGCUAGUGGAAUUCCGCAAACAAUCCAGCGUGAUGUGUUAGAAGACCCUCGCAGAAGAGCGUGGUCCGAAUCCGAUAAAAAAGGAUUUUCCUCGAUGAACUCAAGCAGGAUGUCAGCUCUCAGGAAACUCCGGAAGAAACUUUCCCGAAGUGGAAGUCAAAAGAAGAAAGAUGAUGCAGCAGGCUCUCGACCUGUCUCUCAAUCUCGACUUAGCAGUGAUGCAAGUAUCUCUAAUCUAGAGGAAGGAAAACCUCUCAUCUUACAUUCACCAACUGAAACACCAAAGUCUCCUUUCCCCUUUCCACUAAAUGACGAUGCAAGAGAAGGUUUCUCCAACUUAUCAUUAUAUGAAGAAGAUGAGACAAGCAAUACUCCUCAAACCAAAUCCUCAUCUCCACAGUCAAAUGAGGAAGUUCCAUUAUCCCCCGUGUCCAAUCUUAUAUACCAAAGGUUCCUUGAAGAGCACACAUGUUAUGACAUCAUGCCCACCAGUUGCAAACUAAUCGUGUUUGACACGCGAUUACAAGCAAGCAAAGCUUUCCAUGCAUUGCUUUCAAACUGUGUUCGAUCUGCACCACUAUGGGACUCCACUGCAAGCUGUUAUGUUGGAAUGUUAACCGUCACCGACUUUAUUAACAUGAUAAUAACUUGCCACAGGUCACUAAACUUACAAAUGGAUUUUCUUGAAGAAGAAUCCCUGGAAGCUUGGAGACAAACAUUGGGAAAACAAAGUAAUUUCACAAACGUUCAACCACACCACUCACUCUUACAUUCCUUGCGUAUUUUGACUAAUGAACAUUUUCAUGGUGUACCUGUGUUAGACUCAACAAGUGGAGAUAUAUUCCAUGUAGUAAACCACAAGCGAAUUCUAAGGUUCUUACAUCUAUUCAUGAAUGAACUGCCCAUCCCAGACUUCAUGCAUCAGACAUUAAAAGAAUCUGGUGUUGGUACUUACAAAAACGUUUGCACAAUAUACCGAAACCAAUCUUUAUUAGAAGUUCUUGAAGUAAUCUCAGAACAAAAGUUGACGGCGAUACCUGUUAUUGAUGAGAAUGAUGAAGUGGUUGAUGUGUUUUGUAAACUUGACAUCAUUCCACUCGCUGCACAAAGUUUGUAUCGAGAGUUGAACAUGACGUUGGAUGUUGCAUUACAAUCAAGAUACACACCUCUCUUUGAAGAUGAAGCCCUACCAACUAACCAAUACCCAAGAUAUUCAUCUCCCAAGCCAACACGACGAGAAUUACGACGAACCAAAUUACCUGAUGCUUCCACACCUACUAAUGCUCGUGGGAGGCAUAAUGAUAAUUCUAUUGUAUAUUCAAGUUCUCCACACAGAGCAGCCCAGUCCCCACCCGUUGUACAUGAACCACUCCGACAUUCACGUUCAAUCACCAAUCCACUUGUGAAAUGUAAAUUGUCGGACAAACUUAAGACCAUCAUAGAUCGUCUGGUUGCAACUGAAGCAAAUUUAUUGGUGGUUGUCACUGAGUGUAGCAACCAUGUGGUUGGCGUGGUAACCGCAUCUGAUGUGCUUUGUUACAUCACAGAUCCAGAGUCCAACGCAGUGGAGAGUAAACCAACUCCACCUGUGCCCAACCUAUCAUCUGAGAGCAUCACAAUAAACAUGGCUCAUGAUAGUGGUUACACAAGUUCAUCAUCAACUAUUAAGUGCGCAGAUGAAGAAAAUAAUCCAGUGACCGCAUUUUUUAAUGACGGAGCCCACUCAGAUGGCCAGAGGUCUGUAUAUAAUUCAUUGUGGGCUGGAGCCAAGAUACAAAGGGCUUGAGAAUGUGACUUUUAAGACUUAAUUGACUUUUGAAACGGUGCCUCAGACAUCUGUAAAUGUAUUUUGAGAGUGUUUAAAACUAUGUGCGGAGAAAAACUCUUUUUCAUGUUCCAUCUGCGAUAUCACUUGAGCGUUAUUCAUAAAUGUGCCAUACUUAGUAGUUAGCUAGUUGCCUAUUUGCAAUAACUAUUUUGGCAUUUUUAGUUUCAGUUACCGACCUAGCAAACCUAUCCCUUACGUAUCAGCAUUGUGCCUAGUAAGUCUAUCUUGUGAUUAAAAGGUUUUUCAAAAUAUCUUAAAGCAAGAUACAAGUUUCAACAUGGAAUGUAUUUGGUGCUAUUGUUGUGUUCCAACUCUGUUAAUAUUGUAUUUACAAUUUUUGUCGCUCUCUCAGUUUCAAACAGUUCUCUAUGUUUAAUUGAACCUGGUAAUAGGUUUAAGGUUGAAAAAGUUUCAAAAACUCGUCAUAUAUACAGAAAACUUUCUGUUUUAUUUUGUUAAAUUGCCUAUUUUCUCUGGUGAUGGUAAAACUUCUUUUUAAAAAACGUAACAUAGUUGUGUAUCUGUCUUAAAUCAUGUCAAUUUUUUCUCGUCCUAUUUAAGAUGUAAAGUGUGUAUGUUUUAAUCCAACUCUGUUAAAAUGAGGUGUAUAGUCAGUUGCACGUUUUUCUGCAAACUACUAAGUGAUUCUGGUUUUUGGUGGUAUACAAACCAGGCCUAAGGUACUUAUAAGUACCGCUGUAGUUCAUUCACUGUACUACUCGUUCUACAGUGAAUAUGAUGUUUCACUGUUGCGUGUUGAAUGCAAUAAUUGUUGGAAAUAAAAACCUUACUCUUCUCAUAAA